AUGUCAAGUAGUUUUUACGAGCGCUUGAGCGCGAUUGGCUCGGACUCAAGCAGCCCGGAUGAAAGCUCCGGCCUCCCUACUCUCCUACAACAAUGGCUCUUCCCCGAAGACAACGACAAGGCGACACGCGACUUCGCCACGCUCCAAGUCGUCCUCGGCCACGGCGACGAUUUCUUCGCCGCCGACCGCGACGGCAAGAUCGAGCGCAAAGCCACCAGCAGCAGCUCCUCCUCCUCAUCGACAACACCGCACCGCACGACAUCUCCGCAACCAUCCACCGACCGACGCUCUCCCUCACCGGCCUCCACCAGCACCAAACAACUCGAUCACACCCCAUCCGCCUCUCGACGCAGGCCCAGGACAAUGUCCAUGGUCGCCCCGCCCGUAUUCCGCCUCAGCCAACACGCCGCGCCGUCGGCGGCGGUCAGUCCGAUCAAUGAGCUCCCAUGGGGCGGUCGACGAAGACGUGGAGGCAGUGAUGCUGCUUCUGCUGCUCCUGCCGGGCAGAGACUGAGCGGAGGUGGCUUGAGACCGGUGACGACACCAACGCCGAGACCGUUCGGCCUCGCCCGCAGGAACAUGGACUGGGAGAGACAGAGACGGCCCAAGAGCAUCGCGUUCGGGGAGGGGGAGUUGCUGCGUGUGCCCGAGGGAGGCCUUCGCAGCGACAGUAGCGCGAGACGCGGGUCGUUGCCGCCCCCGCCGGCGGUCGUGAUAGGGGAAGUGCAGGAACAGGGUCAGAAUCAGGGGCCGGGCCCGGCGGCGUGCUGUCGGUGCGGGUGCCACGGUGCUGGUGCUGGUGCUGGUGCUGUGCAGCCGGCGACAGAACGCCUGCCGUAUGCGACGGCGGGCACGCAGGUGAAGAUGGUGCCGCCGGUGGAGGCGGAGGCGGAGCCCGAGCCCGAACCCGAGCCGCCGCGGCCAGCGUACGUCGAUGCGGGCGUGCAGACGGAUCCGCCGCCGAGAGCGCGGCGGUCGUCGUCGUCCGCUUCGCGGAAGCGGCAGUCUGUUGUUUCUUCUUCGUCUGCUUUCUCUUCCAUUUCUUACGCCAGUUCCGGGACUUCUCCGCGGCUAUCUUCGUCUUCUUCAUCCACCGCCUCUUAUGAGUCUUGCGGGUCUGAGACGAGCAGUAGUAGACGCUCCAGUGUGGCACUGACGGAUAUCACUACCCCGUCGACAUACGAAGGCGACGCGCCGCCGUCGGACAACCCGGUUCGGAUGGGGAAGAUGCAGGAUUACUUCAGGAGCAGCGGGUAUCAACUGGGCGAUGCGUUGCGACCAGUGCAGUAUCAGAUUGGACACCGUGGAGGGUAUGGUGGGCUCGAUACGGCGUGGUGGGUGAGAACAUAUGGGGAGGUUUCGAAGAGGCAGAGAACGGUGUGA